GGUGGUGGGUGAUAUUGAUGAUUGUGCCUUUAAUCGCAACACCCAUACAACAAUGGAUCUCAGGAUACUACGUCGGCCCGUCGCCAGCCUCUUCUCUGCAAAUCCUCAAUGCCUAUGGUCUUUGAACGCCACGGCCCGUCGACAUGAAUCCUCCUACAGACGUUCUAAGCAACGUUUAAAUGUCAAACCAGAUCCAAAUUUUGUCCCGUCAAAUGGCGCGCCACAAGAUCACAUUGUUUUCAAUCCGCCAUCCUCCUCUCCGUCCGUCUUCCACACCCCUCUGAAAUUCCUCCCCAAAGACGACAAGAGAAGAAAGCUCCUAGCAAUUACCCAAGAACGACUUAACGCCCUCUCACAUCGAUUACCACCUCCAGUCAAUCCAAAGGAGCUGAAGUAUGAGAGGCAUCAUUUGAGUGAAAAGGAUGUUGCAGAGAUCAGGAGGUUGAGGGCGGAGGAACCGGAAAAAUGGACCAGAUUGCAACUAGCUAAGAAGUUCAAUUGUUCGUCGAUAUUUAUCGGCAUGAUCACAGAAGCAUCGGCAGAGAAGAGAGAUUUGGAGAGAGAGAAGUUGGAAGCCGUCAAAGCUAGAUGGGGACCGACAAGAACGGCAGCGCGGGAAAAUAGGCAAAGACGGAUUGAGUUAGCAAAGAGGGAUGAGUGAGGGGUACCAUGGGGAGGAUGUUACAAAACGAUACAUUUGGUCAACUAUAUGUGGAGGUGUGGAAUAGAGAAGAGUUGGCAAUAUAGCACAAGGUACUGUGAGUCUGUAAAAGGCUGUACUGCGUUGCUCAUUGCGUGUAUAAAACACAACACGGAAAUGCAUUGUCAGCAUGAGCGUUAUGUAUAACGUAGGAAUAUGCCCCAAAUCCGCAUGUAAUUGCGAUCGCGAAGCACUACGAACGUUCCUAUGACACUCUACGUUGUGCUGCCAAUCUUGUGUAUUUAUAACUAAUGUGUUCGCCUCUACAGCCUCUGCUUGUCAUUUACAUAUUAGAUUUGAUGUUGACUUCGGUUCAGCUCUCGCAUAUGGUUCAAGUGACCCUUGGGCAUGAUAUACUUAUUUGUUUCUCUAUUGGCAGUGUCUGUUUAUGGUUGCCGUCAACAUUUUCAUUGAAAAGUGUACCGAAUCGAAAUCCGCAUUCUCAGUUUUGAGUACA